AUGCACGUGCGGCUCGCCCACGUCAGCGUCGACACGAUCAAGAGCUCGGCAAAGCAUGAAGUUGCUCCUGGGCUCGACAUCAUGCCAUCGACCAGAGCGGACCCACCGUGCGUAUCGUGUGUCAAAGGAAAGCUGGCACGGCACACCUUCCCCGACAAGGGCUCGGACGCCGAGGAGGAACUGGAUGUCGCGCACAUUGACUCGUGUGGGCCAUUUUGGGUUGCUGCAAAGGAUGACAGCUUGUACUUUCUGCUGCUAAAGGAUCGCCACACUCGUUUCGUGUGGAUAAUGUCGGUCGCUAAGAAAAACGACGUGCUGCGGGAGUUUCAGAAGUGGCUAAUGCUGGUGGAACGGCAGACAAAAAAGUCGGUACUAUCGCUUCGCUCUAACCGCGGAGGGGAGUUCCUCGGGCAUGAUUUCGUCACAUUUGUCAACGGGAAGGGCAUCGUCCACGACCUGACGUGCCCCUACACUCCGCAGCAGAAUGGCAUGGCUGAGUGGGAGAUGCGCACGGUCGUCGAGUCUAUGUGGACAAUGCUGCUGAACAUGGGCAUGCAGCACCACUGGUGGCACCUCGCUCUUCGACAGGCUGUCUGGGUGCGCAACUGCUUGGAGCGGUCGACGACGCCGCCGGGGACGACUCCGUACCAGCUGCUGACCGGGAAGAAGCCCGACCUCACGCUGGCGCGGGUGUGGGGCUGCAUGGUGCAGUUCAUGGUUCCCGAUCAGCAGUGCGGUGGGAAGCUAGCACCGAAGGCUCGUUGGGGGCUUCACCUGGGCGUGUCGCCGGAGAGCAAGGGCUGGGAGGUGCUCGACCUAACCGAUAACAAGGUGGUCACGUCGGUCGAGACGCACCCGCCGACGGACACCGCGACGGCGACAAACCCACUGCUCGCUAAAGUCGACGAGCCUGCUGAUGAGGAUGUUGUGGAGGUUCCUCCACCUCCCCCUGUUCUUGCUCCUCCCUCCCCCGUCGCAGAUCGGCUUGCGUCGACACCUGUGUUGGCCACCGGAGAUGAGGGGAGCCUUGAGGCAUCGCCUGUGGCGCCGGCAAGUGGCAUUGCCGGCGGGCGACAAGGUGCCAAGCUCGUCGACCAGGACCGGAAGUCGACGACAGGGGAGCAGCAGACAGGGGAGCUGGUCAAACAGGAGGCAGCAGCACAGGGGCAGUUGACAGGGGAGCAACAGCCGGGGCGGUCGACAGGGGAGCUGUCGAAGUCAGCAGCAGGCAACCAGCCGGUCGACGGGUCGAAGCAGCUGGUCAACGAGGCAAACAUCGACGAGGAAGGGGAGCUGUCGGCGGGAGAGGAGUCCACCGACAGUGAUGUGGUGGAGGUUCCGGUCGAGAAGCCUGCGCCGGAGCUGCGACGUUCUGGUCGAGCUCGACGGCCGCCGGAGCGGCUGAGCUUCCACGCCUGCCUGCCACCAGCUGCCUUCACCACUGUUAAGUGCAAGGCGGUAAAGGCCGCCAUGGAAGAAGAGAUCCGCAGCCUCAUCGGCAUGGGCACUUGGGAGCUGGUCGAACGCCCACGCGGAGUGAACAUCAUGAAGAACCGGUGGGUGUUGACGACCAAGUACCGCAUCGACGACACCGUCGAGCACGAGAAGGCGAGGCUGGUCGUGAAGGGCUUCACGCAGGUAUACGGCGCCAUCUACGACGAGACGUACUCACCGAAGCUCGACAAGGUGCUCUACAUGUACUUGCCAGACUACUUAGACAAUGGGACCGGCCGGGUGUGUAAGCUGCUGAAGAGCCUCUACGGGCUGAAGCAGUCGCCGCUGCUGUGGUACAGGGCUCUCGACGGAGUGCUGCAGGAGGCUGGGAGGAAGAAGAGCCAGGUCGACACGGUGCUUUACUUCAAGGCCGGCGGCGACGGGGUGACCUGUUGGGUGCUGGUCUACGUCGACGACCUGCUCGCCACCAGCAGCAGCACCGUGAUGCUGAAGGAGCUGAAGGAGCUGCUGAAAUCCUCCUUCGAGCUGCAGGAGAUCUCGCCGGUGGUGAAGUACCUUGGGCUGGAGAUCGUGCGCGACAGGCCGGCGAGGAAGCUGUGGCUGCACCAACAGAACUACGCCGACAAGCUGCCGAUGACGACGAGGCUGGACAUUGCGUUCGCCUGCAGCAAGCUGGGGAGCGGCCUCAUGGUGAGGAGCGACCAGCAUUGGCGCGAGGUCGACCGCUGCCUCGCCUACCUCGCUGACACCUGCAACACCGCCUUGGAGUUCGACGGUGGAACAGAGUCGCUGGAGCUCAUCAGCUACGUGGAUGCCGACGACGUGGGCGACAAGCAGAACCGGAUGAGCACGGGCGGCUACGUGUUCGUCUACGGAGGGGCCGCUGUCUCCUGGUCGAGCUCACGAAUCAAGUGCACGACACUUCAUCGACCGAGUCGGAGUACGUGGCGGCCAUAG